UUGUUAGCUGUGGGACCAUGGACAACUAGCUUGUUAGCGGCCGAUGGAAACAAAACCCUCUCAAAGGAAGUUCUUGUAACCUAGUCAAUCCUAAUCUGAAUCCAGCCAUUUUUGUAGUAAAAAAACUAUUCAAAGGGAUUUACGAGUUAUUAAUUUGACUGUAAAACUGGGAAAUUUGCUGCGAAGAUGGGAGUCCCUAAAUUUUACCGAUGGAUUUCGGAGCGCUACCCGUGUCUGAGUGAAGUUGUGAAAGAACAUCAGAUUCCUGAAUUCGACAAUUUGUAUUUGGACAUGAAUGGCAUCAUUCACCAGUGCUCCCACCCAAACGACGAGGAUGUCCACUUCCGAAUCUCUGAAGAAAAGAUUUUUGCAGAUAUCUUCCAUUAUCUGGAGGUGCUCUUCAGGAUCAUCAAGCCACGCAAGGUGUUCUUCAUGGCUGUGGACGGUGUGGCUCCAAGGGCAAAGAUGAACCAGCAGAGAGGACGGAGAUUCAGGUCAGCCAAAGAGGCAGAAGACAAGAUUAAAAAAGCUUUAGAGAAAGGAGAAGUCCUGCCCACAGAGGCUCGCUUUGACUCCAACUGCAUCACUCCGGGGACUGAUUUUAUGGUUAGACUACAAGAGCAGCUCAAAUAUUUUGUCCACAGUAAGAUUUCUACUGACAAACUUUGGCAAAAGGUCAAAGUGUACCUCUCUGGGCAUGAGACUCCUGGAGAAGGUGAACACAAAAUCAUGGAGUUCAUUAGAUCUGAAAAUGCAAAGCCAAGUCAUGACCCCAACACCCGACACUGCUUGUAUGGCCUGGACGCUGACUUGAUAAUUCUGGGUUUGACCAGCCAUGAACACAACUUUUCGCUGCUCAGAGAAGAGGUCCGCUUUGGAGGCAAGAAAUCUCAGAAAAGAAUUACUGCUCCAGAGGAGACAACAUUUCAUUUGCUCCACUUGUCUCUGAUGAGAGAAUAUAUUGAUUAUGAGUUUUCUGGGUUAAAGGAACAUUUAGGUUCUAAAUAUGAUUUGGAGAGAAUAAUAGACGACUGGAUUUUAAUGGGGUUUCUUGUGGGAAAUGAUUUCAUUCCUCACCUCCCCAAUCUUCACAUCAAUCAUGACGCGCUGCCAAUGUUGUACAAGACAUACAUCAGUGUGCUUCCCAGUGUAGGGGGAUAUCUGAAUGAAAAUGGCCACUUGAACCUUCGAAACUUUGAGAAGUAUGUGGAGAAGCUUUCUGAGUUUGACAGAGAACAUUUCAGUGAGGUGUUUGUAGACUUGAAGUGGUUUGAAAGCAAAGUGGGCAACAAGUAUCUGAAUGAGGCAGCUGGUCUGGCUGCUGAGGAGGAGGCUUCUGGCAGUAACACCAACGAGAAGAUUCGAGCCCUGGUAGACAUGACCUCACAGCAGAGACCAAUCGGAGGAGGGAAAAAUGCUCAGGCAGAUGAUGAGGAAGAGGAGGAUGAUCUCUUUGAAACUGAGUUCAGACAAUACAAACGCACCUACUACAUGACCAAGAUGGGCGUGGAUGUAGUGUCUGAUGAGUUCCUUGCUGACCAGGCAAAGGGCUAUGUUGAAGGACUCCAGUGGAUUUUACACUAUUAUUACCAUGGUGUUCAGUCUUGGAGCUGGUAUUAUCCCUAUCACUAUGCCCCUUUUCUCUCUGACAUAAAGAACAUAUCUGAGUUGAAGUUGACCUUUGACCUGGGAAAGCCCUUCAUGCCUUUCCAACAGCUGUUAGCAGUUUUACCCGCAGCUAGUAAAGAGCUGCUACCAGAGUGCUACAGGUUCCUUAUGACCAGUGAGUUUUCCCCUAUUUUUGAGUACUACCCUUUGGAUUUCAAAACUGAUUUGAAUGGAAAACAACAGGAGUGGGAGGCUGUUGUGCUCAUUCCCUUUAUUGACGAGAGACGGCUGUUAGCAGCGAUGGAGCCUUGCAAUGAAAAGCUGACCAAAGCAGAGAAAGCCAGGAACCGCCAUACUGAAUGUGCUGUGUACAUGUACGACAAGGAGAGCGAGUUCACAUACGCCUCCAGUCUGCCCCAGAUGUUUCCUGAUAUAAUUCACUGUCGUGUUAGGCAACAGACUAUUGCUAUGGAUGCUUGGCAUGUACCAUUGGAUCAUGUCAGCAGGCGUGUUGACCGCUCAGCCCUCUACUUCUGUGGUUUCCCAACGCUACAGCACAUCCCACAUAAGUUUUAUAAGAAGAAGAGUGGAGUGGUUGUAUUCCAGCAGAGCAGCAGAGGGGAGAACAUGAUGCUGGAAAUCCUUUCAAACAAAGAUGGAGAAGCAAUAUGUGACAAUGUUGCUGCCGAUGUAUUGGGCAAGGCCAUAUUUGUGAACUGGCCCCAUCUAGAGGAGGCACGGGUUGUUGCAGUAUCUGAUGGAGAGACCAAGUUCUCUCUGGAAGAAUCUCCAGGUAUCCAGAAAGUGUAUAACAGACCCUCCACUCCACCUCCCACCAAAGUGUCACGCCUGUCUGAUAAAGAGCAGAAAGACUGGGUAAAAGACGUUCAGGGAAUCACAGAACAUUACCUGAAGAGAAAAGGCAUUGUGACAAAUGAGAUCGACGUGGUUGUGUAUGGCCAGCUACUGACAGGAAGAAAGUUUGUCCCUAAAGCCAAUGGGCUUGUUGAGCUGGAGAAACAGUGGGCCAAGCAGAUUUUGCCUUUUCCCUACCAGGCUGUUGUCAAGGAAAUAAGGGCCUUCUACUCAUCUUUAACAAACUUCACCAGCCUGGAUGAUCUCUUUCCCCCAUCUACUGCAGUCUUCAUGGUUGGAAAUCCCUACUAUGGUGCUAUGGGAGAGGUGCAAGACUCUAGUGAUGUCAUCAAAGAUGGACGGGUGCGAGUUGUGUUCAGCCUGCCACACGAGCCACAGCUUGACACUUUAAUACAAAACCAGCAUAAAUACUGUGUGAAGUACAGUCCUGGCUAUGUUCUGGCCUCUCGUCUUGGGAUCACCAGCUACCUCGUAUCCCGCUUUUCAGGGAGCAUCUUCAUUGGCAGAGGUUCAAAGAAAAAUCCCUGUGGAGAGCAAAGAGCCAAUAUUGGUCUAAACCUUAAGUUCAACAAGAAGAAUGAGGAAGUUCCAGGCUACACCAAAAAGACAGAGAAAGAGUGGCUGUACUCUGCUGCUGUGGAGGAACUGCUGGCUGAAUAUUUGGACAGGUUUUCUGAGGUUUUCACAGCGGUAUCAAGAAACUCUCAUGAUGAUGUCUUCUAUGAGGAUGACAUCUGGCCUGGAGAAGAUCAGAAUGGAGCUGAGAAAGUGGCAGAGAUCACAGCCUGGUUGAAGAGUCACCCAGUAAGUUCCAUGAGCAGAGCAUCAUGUGACCUUCAAGUACUGGACUCGGCCAUUGUUGAGAAGAUCGAGGAGGCAGUGGAAAAGACCAAGGUCAAAAAGAGCACUCGCAAAGUUCGUGUGACAGUGAAACCUCAUCUACUCUUUAGGCCCCUGGAGCAGCAGCAGGGCGUGGUGCCUGACCCAGAGGCGGAGUAUCGGCUGUUCGAUCGAGUGGUGAAUGUCAGGGAGGGUUUCUCUGUGCCACUGGGGCUCAGAGGAACUGUUAUUGGUAUCAAAGGAGCUGAAAAGGAGGCAGAUGUUCUUUAUGAAGUGUUGUUUGAUGAAGAAUUCACUGGUGGUCUUACCCUCAGAUGUACGUCACCUCGGGGGUACCGCCUGCCUCCCUGCGCCCUCAUAAACCUGUCCCAUGGAGCACGAGUAGACCACACAUCAGGCAAGCUCACUGCCAUCGUCAAACCUCAGCCUUCAUCUACUCCCAACAACUCCAACAGACAGCUGGGAGGCCUCAACCACUCCCCAAGAUCCCCCUUCAUACCCACACAACAUAACAACAAACAUGGCAUGAGAGGUUCACCUCAAGGCAAAAGGGACUCUCCAAAACUGCUUCAAAAGCAAACCAAGAGUAAGGAUGAGUACAGCAAUGUGUGGCAGUCUUUGCGGAACUCUGGACCACCAAACAAACCCCCUGCUCACUGGCAAAAUGAUGCCCGAGCUGGUGGCAUCAGACUGCUAAAGAAAAACGAAGAUGCUACCUCCAUUUUGCCCACACAAAACACCAACAAGACCUCCACUGACUUUGAGAGCCUUUUGGCUAACCUGAAGAUUUCAACUCCAAAAGAGCCAACUGCACCUUCAACUGCUCCUGCUCAACCAUCUACAAGCCAAUCAGAUGAACCAUUAUCGCCGCAGUCAUUUGCAAUGAAGGGGACCAUGGUGCUGAAGGAGAUGCUGAAGAUUGACAGUGCAUCAGAUUCUGCCCAGUCUGAUGGACAGCAGCAAAACAGGAGACGGUCAUCUAAGAAAUUAGCUGCAAAAAUCAAUGCGCCACAUGUGGACAGUCCUCCCACAACCUCAGCUCCUAUGGCAAACCAGCACCCCAUGCUGAACAGUAAGGUGUCUGAGCUGGCCUGUGUGUGUGUGGGGCUGGGCAUGGCACCUCCUGAGUUCAGCUUCAUCGGAAACAGACAGGGUGUAGUGUGUCAGGUGAAGCUGUCCAAUGGGCUGAUGGUGCACGGACCUCAGUGCCAGUCGGAAAAUGAUGCCAAGGAGAAUGCAGCCUUCUUCGCUCUUCAAAGACUGAACUCAGUGGGCUCAGGUUUACCUCUGCCUCCUCCUGCUCUCUACCCUGGGAUACCGCAGAUCAGACCGCCACCUUUAGGUCCCAUGAAUCCAAUGUUCAACAAACCAGGUUUGCUGUUGCCUCCACAGGGCUAUGGCCCCGCUCAUCUCUGGGGGAUGGCCAUGCCGCCUCAUCACCCACAAAACCCACAGUUUUAUGGAGCAACCGGAACUUACCCUGGAGCGGUCCGCCCUCCACCCCCAGCUACUGCUCCCAUUGGAUCUCACAACCAGUUCAUCCCACUGCAGGUGACGAAAAAGAGAGUUUCAGCCAACAAGAAAAACCAGGACAGAGAGUUUUACAGCGCAGCCCAAACGGUCGCCAGAAACCAAACUCAGAAAUCCCCAAAUCCACCUGUAGACCAGCCACAAGGGCAAAGAAAUGUGCCAGCAGAGAACAGCCAGUCCAGUGCAUCUAUAGCAGCACCCCAGACUCCACCCAGACAAAACCCUCCGCCCUCUGGCCACACCCCUGGCUCUGCCUCCAAGAGGAAACACAGAAAACUGGCGGUAAACUUCGAGGCUGCGAAAGUGGCAGAGUCGUAAGCUCCAAUAACAGGGGUUUGAGACAGGUGCUGCUCAAACUUAUGAAAGAGUGAACUGAAAUUAGUGUGAUUGUCCAUAGCCUCCAUAGCCUAUUGUCAGUGUAUGGAACAUAUUAUGGUAACAAUGCACAAGGAGAUGAUAAUAUUCACAAUAUAAAAAUAUAGUAUUUUUCACAAAAACUUAUCAGUACCUAACUAUCCCAAUUGCUUGCUUAUCGUUUAAAUGAUGCUUUAAAUUAUAUUUGUGGUGUACAGAAUAAUGAUAUGGGAACUCAAAGAAAGGUAAUAAGUGAAGUGUCUUUGUGCCUUUUAACUAAAUAGAACUACAUGUACUUGUACUAUACAAUAUUGGCUCUUUUACUUCUCUUAAAUACAACUUGGAUAUUUCACUAACAGUCUCCAGUUCACUUCAAUUGCAUUUGAAGUUUACCAAUCUGAACUGACAAAACCAAUUCCAUGUUGCCUUUUCGUCUAUUCACAGGUGUUGUCAAAAGGAAGUUAUAGGAGAGGGUUGCCAAAAAACUUUUUUUUGUUGUUGUUGAAGGCAUUUCCUAGCAGCUCAUCAUUAAAUAAUACUGCCUUGUUUUAGGAACCAAAUUAUGCAACAGUAAAAGCGGACCUUGAGUGGACAGCCUAAUAUGAAAGAAAUUUGUGCAAUACAUGCAUGCAAGAGAAAUCAUUUAACUGUAGGCUCUGUUAUGAUUGUCUUUUUAUUUUUUGUUUAGGUCCAUGUAAUUGUAAUUACGCACCUUUUUAAAUGUGUUGUUUUCAUGGAUAACUCUAGGUGGCGCUAUGGGCAUGUAGACACUUUUUGGCUCUCAUUAUGUUGUGUUGCUGUUUCAGUUUGGCGCUCUCAGGGACAUGGUAGUAGCCCUUUUAAAUGAAACCAUAAAGGGUAGGAAUGAAUGACUGGGUUGGAUUAUGUGUUUCAAACUACAUUUAGUUUUUACUGGACUGUAUCAGCAGAGUAUUUAUUGUGUAUAAGAUGGGUCUCCGAUCAUGGCUGAUAUUUGUACAUAAUGGUCACAGUUAUCUGAGCUGUGCUAUAUUUUAAAAUAGCCUAAUUGGUUAGGCCAAUGUUAGUUUAUUAUUUGUUUUUGACUCUUCCAUUUGACCCCUUUUGACCCAUUUUUUCCCUGAGACACCUGCCUUUAUUGUAUUUGUAUUUUUUACAAAGAGUAGCACACAAGACACCUCUUUAUACCAACUGAAAUUCCAUAAGAACCCUAUUUAAGCAUCUUUGAUCUAAAUUUGAAAAACUACAGGAUUGGCUAGUUAAUAGGCUGACAUUACACAGGUGCAGAAAUGAGAUUCUUAGACUUGUACUUUUCAUUUAAAUUUUAACUGUAUUCAUUGGGCUCUUUUUCAUAUAGUUCGUAAAUAUUUAAAUCUGGAAUUAUUAAAUGAUUUUUAUUAAAGUUUAAAUCUGUCAUUUUAGGAAUUGAAGCUCUGAAUUUUGAGUCUUAAUAGGAAUUAAAUUAUAUUUUUGUAUCUGUGUAACUGAAGCCAAAGAUGACACAUAAUGUAAUCUAUGUCACCAAUAAAUGUACUUGGCAUUACAAUUGAUCUGUUUAAUUUUUUAAAUUCAAAGGAUAUGGGUUUUAUCUUCUCUUUUAUAAAUUGCCAUCAGAUAUUUUCUUAAACAUUAUUUGAAUUAAGUUUGGAAACUACACAGAUGGAGUCUGUUGUAGCAAUAAAUAAUAACAUUUUAAUUUGUCCUCAUUUUGAGAGACUCUGACUGAAAUGUUUUUGCUUUUUUAAGCUUAAUAAUUUAAUGUCUUUUGCUCUUUGAGGCUCUGGUGCAAUAAGGGAGAAUUUAUUGAUUUGAACAUAGGUAGAAGCACACAAGAGAAGAUGAUUGUCUCCCACAUAAUGUACUUGAUGUAAUAAAUUAGGAUUGUGCUGUAUAUAUCCAUUAAUAAAGUGGUUCUCUUUUGUUAUAA